AUGAGUACACCAAGCUCAAUGAGCAUGAAGCUGAAGAAUCCAACCGGGGCAAUUGCAGAGACAAUUUCAAGAAGAAGGGAUGAGUAUGCUCGGCGGCAAUCCUCCGACGAGCUCCCUGCUGUUCAAAGCAGCAUUCCUGAGAAGCUUGUCAAGGCCUAUGUCAACCAUCACGGCCGCGCAGCCCCGAACGAGCUAUACACCGUCGACGCAAUCACGAAUCACUCGAUCGACACCGACGACUAUACGGUCGAAUUUGAAACGUUCCCGAAAUGGUCUACGCCUAUUGGGAAUGCCUUCUCCAGCCUCAACCAGACUGUGAUUGUCAGGUUUCCUCUGGACCUGGAGGACCUGAAAAGGUCCAACCACGCCUUCAAAAGGUACAAGAGGGCCAUGCGCCCAAUCAACGGCGUGCGCAGGAAAGGUGCUGGGUGGGAGCAUCUUGUGACAGCUCACCAGUAUGCGUACCAUCGCAUGCUGGUUGAACUCCGUUUCGAAAGACAUGCCUUCGAAAGAGCCAUGCGGCGCAACGAAGCGGUGGACACCUUCGAGGAGGGUGACCAGGUUACGACUUAA